AUGGCCAAGUGGACCCGCGAAGCCGUCGAGUUGCGCCAGGCUGCUGAAAGCAUCAAGAAAGAGCAGGCAGAGUACGAAGCAUCCUCCAAAGAACGGGUCCAGGCGGCAAAGAACAAGUACGAAGAGGAGCUGCAAGUGAACAAGUGCAUAGAGGAGGCAAUCCGUGAAAAGGGAAUCCAAAUCAAAUCGCUCGAAGAAGAGAGGCGGCGUCUAGAGGAAGGUCAAGAGGGCGGAGAGGCCCCAGACGGCACCGAAAAUGCUGAGAAGGAAGAGGAUAAUCGCUGGAAGAUGACACUGGGUCUGUUGCAGCAGCAAUAUGCUCAGGCCUGGCAUCUCUUCACGGAAGCAGAAAGAGCCAACCAGGAAGCUUCCCAUCAACUGCAAUACAUGCAACAACGUCGCAUGAGCCAACCUCAGCUCUUCUCCCAACCGCUUGCUGCAGAAAUGGGCCCUAUGCGGAAUAACAGCCAACGAGCACGACCUCUUAGUAUGCGCGAAGGGCUCCUCUCAUCCGCUACGGGCGGCUUUGUUCACACUUCGUCUGCACCUUUUAACAGCAUUGGCGCCACCGCAUCUCCACCUUACCCCACGACCACACCAUACUUCAAUCCAGUGAAUGGCAUGGCGAUAGCUCCUUCUCGCACCAAGAACCUGUCCAUGUCCCAAGCUGAUCUAGAAAGUUUGACAGGCGGUGCACCCAUGAGCCCAACGGCGGGCUCGCUGCUACCUGCCGACCUGUUUGGCGAUGAUUUCGGCCAAACCGAAGACGAGGACGAGGACGAUUAUGGGCCGCUGCGAGCACCUUCCCAGGAUCCAUCACCACACCUACGGAAUGUACUUCCCGGCCUAGGGGCGCCUGGCACUAUGGAUCGUAUGCAGGACCCUACUUCGCCGGCCUCACCACAAAGUCGAUCGCAAAGUGCCUUUGCUAGUCCACGGGAAAGUGCCCAUGAUUUACAAUUCUACCCCAACAGCGACAUCAACAACAACAAUAGUAAUAACGUUGAUAGCGACAAGCGUUCUAUCCGUUCAACCUCGAGUAGUUUUAUGAACAAUGCCCAGGCGAGCCGUUUUGGCGGUUUGUUUGGCCUCAACCGUGCGCGUGGUAAGACUUUCUCUGAUGAGGGGCCUGCUCUGGGUUCCUUGAAGCCUUCGCAAAGCCAGUCGCUGCCUCGACAGGAAUUUGGUCUGGAUGGAAGUGGAAACUCCCGGCGAAGAGGUAGUCACUCUGAAGGGGCAUGGUACGACUCGUUCAUUCGCACCAAGACCCAGCCUGUGGAAUCGCCAAAUAGUUCCCAGCAUGUGGCUACGCGCAAGCGCCCAUUUAACAUGUUCGGUACCAAGGGUGACCCAUGGCUGACAUCCGUGCUAGGGUUGGAAAGACCGUCAUCACCACGACAAGGCUCGACCAAAUCUGGGGAAGGAAUGGCUCUGCCACGACCGUCUACGGAAAGCCAAAGUCAGUUCGGAUGGAACGCGAACGCCUUUGGUGCUAGGAACAGCCCUCUCGGAGUUGACUGGAGCAUCAACAAUACUAACACUACUUCGUGGUCUCGUAUGCCUUCUCGUCGGCCCUCGAUCCAGCAUGGUUCUUCUGCGAAUCUGAUCAGUGAAGACAUGAUGCAUGACGAUGUGUUGGACUUUCCUUCCAACACUCGUUCUCCCACCCAGGCUCCUAUUGGAACCCGGCCUCAGUCGUCGGCCUCGUACAUGCCUGGACAACUGUCAGCUUCUUCACUGCCACCGAUCCCGCCCACGCCGCCAAAGCAGCUGAACCCCGCGGCAGCAAGCUUCAACAUGUUUCAGCUUAAGAGAAACGAGGAAGAAAGGACGGAGAAAGCCAAACGAGCCGCGGAAAAGGCUGCAGAGAAGGAGGCGAAGAAGGCCGAAAAGGCGGAGAAGAAGGAGGAGAAGGCCAAGCAAGCGAAAGCAGAAAAGGCAGCACGCCGUGACAACAAGCACACAACCUCCGAGGCCGGCGAUUCUCGUGACACCACUUCUCCACACGAUUCCCGCAUGUCCCGUGACACUCCUUCCAUCUCCACCGCCGACAUGUCAGAAGGCUCACCUCGCGAGUCCCUCGAACGCACCGUUUCACACGCUGCUUCUGAGAACGCAGGAUCGAUUGGCAAGGAAUCAUUCAUGCAGAAACUCACGCGCAAAGGAAGCACAAGCCAAUUCCUCACCUUUAGCAAGAAGAAUACUCUCUUUUCCAAGAACAAGGGCAGCGACGUGCCAAACACGCCCGAUGAAGCAGAUGAAGAUAGUGGCUUCUUGGGUCUAGGUCGAAGCACGGAGUCGAUGGGGAACAGCCCGAACAUCGGAACGCCAAAGGACAAGUCGAGUAUGCUUAGCUGGGGCUCCAUUAAGCGUAUUGGGAAGAAGGACAAGACGCCGAGUUUGCAUGAAAGCGUUGCUAGUGAGGCAACGGGCGAUGAGGAGGAUGUGUUUACUGAGGGCGCCAAGGCAUAG